AUGCUAAAUUAUUCGAAAUAUGUAUAUAUAAAAAAGUUGUUACUGGUAUUUAUAUGUUUUACGCCAUUCUGUGAAAAUUAUGUUAAAAAAUUUAUCUCAUAUAAGAAUGUGAAAUAUCCGUUCAAGCCCAUCAUUAGGAAAAUACACAGUCUUAAUCACCCUAUCAAUAAUUUUAAAAAGUUUUCGUUUUUUCUAAAAGCAGCAGAGGAGUUGGAUGACUACAAAUAUUUCACGGAUGACGAAUAUAUUCCCCCUCUUCCACCAGUUGAAACUUGGGAAGAUUUAAUUAUAAAAGAAGAAAUACGAAAUAAAAACGAAGAUGAAAAAAGGGAUAUUGAUGAUUAUAAACUGACUCAUGAAAGUCGAGAAAAAGUAUUGGAUAUAAUGCGACAAACUCGUUUAAUAAAUCAUUGCAACUAUGAAAUUCAAAAAAAUAAGCAAAAAAAUAUUUUAUAUUUCGUUACCCCCAAAAUGGGUGCAUAUUGUAAACUCAUGGAAAAUGAUAAAGAAAAAAUGGAAAGUUUGAUUAACAAGGUGAAGGAAAAAUUUGGAAGAAAAGUUAAAAUAGUAAAUUUAAAACUGGAUGUUAAAAUGCCAUUAUUUGAAAUAUUUUUGCAAGCAAAUAUACAUACUCAAAUAAAAAUUUUUUAUGCAAGAGGUCGAACCUUACAAUAUAGAUUACCACCCCCAUUUUGGACAAAGUGUAAAAUAUUAAAAGAAAAUAAAAUAUUACAAGAAAAAUAUGGAGGUGAAUGUGCUCCCGGUCUAUUUCCCCGAUAUGAUGAAUAUCAAAUGAUGCAGAUAAUGACAGAAUGUGUAUACAAUGAUAAGUAUAAUUAUUAUGUGUAUGAUGUUAAUUUAGAAUGGGAAAAUUUAUGUGCCUUAACACCUGAAAAUAAAGAAUUUCGAAAACUUGUUCACCAAAAUGUGCAUGUACCUACUCGGCUAGCUGUUAUUAAGGCUUUCGAAGAAGGGAUAGAAGACUUUAGAGAAGUCAUUAAAGAAGAAUACCUCAUUAUGCUUCGCGAACAAAGGAAAUUAAAAGAAAAUAAAAGAUAUAAAUUUUAG